AAGCUAAUUUGGUCUUCUGGUUAUGCAGGCCUCAGCACAGCUCUUGUAGAAAAGGAUGAUUUUGCAUCAGGGACUAGCAGCAGAAGUACUAAAUUGAUCCACGGCGGAGUGAGAUAUCUACAGAAGGCCAUCAUGAAGUUGGAUUUUGAUCAGUAUAGAAUGGUGAAAGAAGCCCUCCACGAACGUGCCAACUUGCUUGAAAUUGCUCCUCAUUUAUCUGCUCCUCUGCCUAUAAUGCUUCCAGUUUACAAGUGGUGGCAACUGCCUUAUUACUGGGUGGGAAUUAAGAUGUAUGACCUUGUAGCAGGAAGCCAAUGUCUGAAAAGCAGCUAUGUGCUUAGCAAAUCCAGAGCUUUGGAACUCUUUCCUAUGUUACAGAAGGACAGACUCGUGGGUGCCAUAGUCUACUAUGAUGGUAUGUCCUCUCCUUUCUUGCCAGUCUUAAAAGCAGAAGCUUUGAUCCCGGUUGUGAAUCUUGAGUCCAUUCUAUCACUAGCUAUAUUGCAGAUUUACUGACCAGCCCUUGAGUUCAUGCAUUUCUCCCUUUGCACUACCCUGCAAGAAUCUUUAAGUACCAACUGCUUUUAUCACCCGCUGCACUGUUUAGCUAAUCAGUUAGAAAAAGUUGUCUUAAUUACAGUUACCUUUCAUUAAGCCAUGCUGGUAUAGUAUUGCAGGCUAACUCUGCCCACUGCCAGGAGUUCGAUCCUGACCGGCUCAAAGUUGACUCAGCCUUCCGAGGUCGGUAAAAUGAGGACCCAGAUUGUUGGGGACUAUAUGCUGACUCUACAAGUAGCUUAGAGAGUG